AUGAUAAAUACCUACGUCGUUAGAAGAGUAAUAGCAGCAGUUGGAGCAACCCAGAAAGCAUCGUACGCGCAAGAGUUCUUCAAGGCUGUGACUGCCGUCAAUAAAGGACGAGGAGAAAAAAAAUCUGUUGCGCCGAGGUUCACAAAGAAAUCGCACGCAAAAUUGUCGGAAUACCUGAGGAACAUGGCUACUCCUGAAAUUGAAGCCCAGCUGGCUCCACUACGUACGGCUGUGAAAGAAUAUGGCGAUCUGGUUCGUGCUCUCAAGGCCAGUUUCUUUCUGUUUAUUAUAGCAAAUUUUUUGUUUCUUAGGGAGGUUUCACUUGCUCCAAAAGAGGCUUCAUUUGAUCGUCUGAAACUUGAAGAUCUUUUGAAACGUCGCUUCUUUUAUGAUCAGUCGUUUUCCAUCUAUGGAGGAGUCACAGGAUUGUAUGACUUCGGACCUAUGGGAUGCGCACUGAAGGCUAAUAUGAUACAUGAAUGGCGCAAACAUUUUGUUCUUGAGGAAGGAAUGCUUGAGGUUGACUGCACAUCACUCACACCCGAGCCAGUUUUGAGGGCUUCCGGUCAUGUGGACCGCUUUGCGGAUUGGAUGGUAAAAGACAUAAAAACCGGAGAGUGUUUUCGUGCUGAUCAUUUGAUCAAGAAUGCCGCUGAGAAGGUUAUUUCGGAUAAAAAAGCCGAUGAAACUAUGAAAACCGAACUUCGAGAUGUUUUAGCGCGUCUGGAAGGUUUCGACGACAAAGAUAUGCUUGAAGUAAUUACCAAGUACAACUUCAAAUCUCCAAACACUGGAAAUGACCUCACCCCACCGAUCGCAUUCAAUCUGAUGUUCCCGUCGCAAAUCGGGCCUACUGGAGACUUCAAAGCCUUUCUCCGUCCUGAAACAGCACAAGGAAUCUUUGUGAACUUUAAGCGUCUUCUAGAGUUCAAUCAGGGAAGGUUGCCUUUUGCUGCGGCACAGAUCGGCCUGGGAUUCCGUAACGAGAUCUCUCCUCGUCAAGGACUCAUUCGCGUUCGAGAAUUCACCAUGUGUGAAAUUGAGCACUUUGUGGAUCCAAAUAAUAAGAGCCAUCCUAAGUUCAAAAAGGUUAGCUCUUAUGCCAUGAUGUUGCUAUCAGCUUGUAACCAGAUGGAUGGACAAUCAGCGCAAUCGAUCAGUGUUGGUGAAGCUGUGGAAAAGGGCAUCGUUGCUAAUGAAACGUUAGGAUACUAUAUGGCACGUACACACAUGUACCUUGUCAAAGUUGGUGUUGAUCCAAGACGACUUCGAUUUCGCCAACAUCUUAACAACGAAAUGGCACACUAUGCUCAGGACUGUUGGGAUGCUGAAAUUCUUACAAGCUACGGUUGGAUCGAAUGUGUUGGAAAUGCAGACCGCUCGUGCUAUGACCUUAAACAGCACUCCAGAGCCACGAACACUAAGCUGGUUGCCGAGAAGAAGCUUUCGGAGCCACGAACGGUUGACAUUGUCGAAGCAUUAGCCAAUAUGACAAUUUUAGGAAAAGAGUUCAAGAAAGAUGCGAAAAAGGUGAACUUUUUGAGAACACUUCUUAAAACAGUAAAGUAUCAAGAGAACAUUUCAGAAUUGUUUAAGGUGCAUGUUGAAGAAAUCACGCCGUCGGUAAUUGAACCAUCGUUCGGAAUUGGGCGAGUUAUGUAUGCAAUCCUGGAACACUCGUUUAGGCAACGAGAAGGAGAUGAGCAGAGAACAUUCCUGGCCCUUCGUCCAUUGGUGGCACCAAUUAAAUGUUCAGUUCUGCCGAUAUCUGCUAAUGAAAGAUUAAAUCCAAUAAUUGAAGCCGUGCGCGAAGAGCUAUCCAAACAUGACCUUAGCUACCGAGUGGAUGAUAGUGCGGGAUCCAUCGGACGGCGUUACGCUCGGACGGAUGAGAUUGGUAUUCCUUUUGGAGUAACAGUAGACUUCGAGUCUGAGAAACAACCUUUUGGUUCUCCAUCGGAAUGUAUUUUUCAGCUAACGGAAGUUGGUGGUGUAGUUUCGGCUCUUGUUAAUGAGCGAAUGGAUUGGACGAUGGCGCAGCAAAAGUAUCCAAAGUUCGAGGCGAAAAGUGACUAG